UAAAGAGGAGUAAUAAAGGAGAAAAUUGCCAUUUUAUAAAGAUGCAUUUCGGACGGAUAUUUCUCAAAGUAACUGAGAUUGUGAAGAUCAUGGAGAGAGUGUGUUGCAUGUGCGGUGACGUCGGGUUUUCCGACAAGCUCUUCCGCUGCGGGCACUGCCGUAACCGUUUCCAACAUUCCAACUACUACAGCGAGUUUGCGGAGCCGACCGAGAUUUGCGAUUGGUGCCAGAGCGACGACAGGAAGCUGAGCAGCAUCGAUAAACCUGGUAGUUCUUCUUCUUCAAAGAAGGCUUCUUCCUCCGUACAUCACGAGAGCGAGUUCACAAACCGAUCGGAGUAUUCAUCCAAUGGCGGGAUAAAGCAUAACAACAACCGUCACGAUCAAGUGACCAAGACCGUCGCAGGAGGUGGAGUGCCGUCGCCUAGGACGGCCACACGAAGGUACAAGCUUCUCAAGGAUGUCAUGUGUUAAACGUAUAUCAAACGUAACAAACAUGGAAGAGAGGUAUUAGGAAACUUUUAUCAUAUACUGCUCCUUGGAGACAGUACUGUAUUUAAAUAAUACUAUAUAUAUAUAUAUAUUUAUGUAUAAUCUAGCCACCGUCGAAAUUUGAGAGAACACAACAAGAACAAAAAACGCAUUUUUAUUCAUCUUUUCCCCUUUUCUUUAUGUAGUAUAUAUAUAAAAUAUGUGUGUGUUUGGCGUGAGCUUGUAAUUUUUUAGUUAUCAGCAAAAGAUAAUUAAAUAAUUCUGUACGUUCCGUGAAAGUCUUUUUUUCUCUAAAAAGUAAAACCUUUCGUAAAAGUCUU